AUCUUAGGCACCCUCCUACUGUCCUCUCUCCGUCUCCUAUCCCGUCUCUCCGGCUGGGCUUGUGCUGCAGCGUAUUCAAGGCGAUGGGGUUGUAUCGGGGGGUUUCCCGGGCGACGGGCCAGGUGAUGCGGACGGCGGUGUUCCUGCUGUUCCUGCAGGAGGUGCAGAUGAGAGGAUAUGGACCUGCUGGUGGGGUUCCCAACGGAUACGCUGCGGGUUAUGGCUCUACUUAUGGAGUACCCAACGGACAAAGAGCUCCAACAAAUGGAAUGGAAGUUCAAAAUGGCCGCGGCAUCGGAAGAAUGUUGAUGCCUUCUAAAGGUGUGGGCAGGCCUUCAGGGGCUCAGAACGGACAGGGAAGGGAGCCAAUCAAAGGGGCAGGUGGCGCUGCCUUCGCUCGUCCCCAGUCUAAUGGUAAUGGUGCCCAUGCAGGAAAACAAUAUGGACAGGGAACUAAAGGAAACGGAUAUGGGGCUCAAUUUGGACCUUCAAGCAGACAGGCCAUGAACGGAAACGGUUACGGUGCUCACGCAGGACAGGCGAACGGACAGGGAACCAAAGGAAACGGUUACGCUGCGCAAGCAGGACAAAAUAAUGGACAAGCAAACAAAGGAAAUGGUUACGCUGCACACGCAGGACCAAGUAAUGGACAAGCAACCAAAGGAAACGGUUAUGGUGCUCAGGCCGGACAAGGCAACGGACAGUCAACUAAAGGAAAUGGUUAUGGUGCACACGCUGGACCAAAUAAUGGACAAGCAACCAAAGGAAACGGUUAUGGUGCACAUGCAGGAACAAAUAAUGGACAAGCAACCAAAGGAAACGGUUACAGUGCUCAUGCCGGACCAAAUAAUGGACAAUUAACCAAAGGAAAUGGUUAUGGUGCUCAGGCAGGGCAAGGCAACGGACAAGCAAACAAAGGAAACGGAUACGGUGCACACGCUGGACCAAAUAAUGGACAAGCAACUAAAGGAAACGGUUACGGUCUUCACCCAGGACCGAAUAAUGGACAGGGAACCAAAGGAAACGGUUAUGGUGCACACGCAGGAACAAAUAAUGGACAAGCAACCAAAGGAAACGGUUAUGGUGCACACGCAGGACAAGGCAAUGGACAAGCAAACAAGGGAAACGGUUAUGGUGCUCAGGCAGGGCAAGGCUACGGACAGGCAACCAAAGGAAACGGUUAUGGCGCUCAGGCAGGGCAAGGCAACGGACAGUCAACCAAAGGAAAUGGUUACGGGGCCCACGCUGGACCAGCUAAUGGACAGGGAACGAAAGGAAACGGUUAUGGUGCACAUGCAGGUCAAGCUAAUGGGAAAGCAGCCAAAGGCAACGGUUAUGGCGCCCAUGCUGGACAGGCUAACGGAAGAAACGCUCACCUCGGAGCCACCGGUAAACCAACGAAGGGCAACGGACAACCAACCUAUGGAGCAGGUCAGGGCCUCGGUGUCAACCAGGGCCCCCAGCUGGCUGGGAACCCCAUGACAGGAGGUUAUGGAGCUCAGCCCAGCAGAGGUCCUGCAAAGACUGCUGGGUACCAAAGGGCCGGUUCAGCGCUAGGAGCUGGGUUCCUCCCAGGAGGGAUGAAGGGGCCAAAGCCAGCUGGUUAUGGGUCUCAGAACGGUCAAGGUGCCAAACCAAACGGCUACCAGCCAGCUGCUGCUGUGCCUAAUGGCUAUGGAGCCCGGUUCAACGGUUAUGGUGCGCAUGCAGGACCAACUAAUGGACAAGGAACCAAAGGAAACGGUUAUGGUGCCCAAGCAGGAACAGCUAAUGGACAAGGAACCAAAGGAAACGGUUAUGGUGCCCAAGCAGGACCAGCUAAUGGACAAGGAAGCAAAGGAAACGGUUAUGGUGCACAGGCUGGCUUGGCUAAUGGACAAGGAACCAAAGGAAACGGUUAUGGUGCUGGAGCCGGUGUUGCCAAGGGAAACCAAGGCCAGGCCAAAGGUGUGUUAGCUGGGUUCCUCCCAGGACGUGGCAACCCCAGCCCGGCAGCAGAUAAAGCAGUUUAUUCUGGUGUUCCAAACGGAUACGUAGCCCAACCAAAUGGUUACGACCCCGCCGCGGCAGAAGCAGCAGGAGGUCCUGCGAACGGAUAUGGCGCUAAGCAGAAGGGCUAUGGCGCGCCUGAAGCUGGAGCCGUCUCCCCGAGCGCUGCAGCUCUGGGGCCCAGCGCUGGAGCUGACGGGCCUGGCUCUGCAGUCAAAGGAGUCAACGGUGACUACGAUAGGGGAGUUCAAACGGGGAAGGGCCAAUCGGGAACUCAGAGUGCGGAUCAGCAGAAGGUAUCUAACAACAAGGGUGAGAGCGGAGUCUCACCAGACCACAUCCAUGAGUCCCUGAGCGGGUUCCCUCUAGUGGACACGCACGGGAAGCCCCAGGAGAUGCCUCCAACGCAGCUCCAGUCACACAGCUCCUCACCAGAACCAGACAUUACCCCAGAGCCCAAACCAGCAGAACCAGAACCAGAACCCACCCAAGACCAGAACGUGACCCAGCACCCUGAAGAGCGUGUGACUGAUGUUCUGCUAGAGGCCACCCCCCAGCCAGGAGUAACAGAGUCUGGACCUGAGGUUCCUCAGGGAACGCAGUCCACUCCUGAAAUGGGGUAUUUGACGGGCAGCGAACUGCCCGAGCAGAACGCCCCAGUGACGGCACUCCUCCCUGGGCCCGAGCUCACCGGCCUGCUGGCCCCUGAGGGGGUCGACGGUCUCGCACCGCUACCCGAAACCGUGGCGACCACUAAAGGGGACAUCGGCCAGGAGUUGGUGCCAGAGAGGGCGGUCAUCCAGCACCAGCUACCGACACCCGGCGAGGGCUCUCUGGUUGAGAUCGCUAGCAAACCUGAGAAGAGUGCCGGGGCUUCCAUCAGUGUGGAGGGGUCUAAAGCUGCCAAACCAGACUGUGGACUCGCCACAGCAGGGGGCCAGUGGAUGAAGAUCCCCAGACCUGAUUAUGGAGCAGAACUGGGGCCCUCUGGUACCAACCAGAAAGGUUAUGGCGCAGGAGCUGCUUUCCUGAACAAAUUUGGAGGAAAACCAAACGGUCGCACUGCAGGGCCUUACCCUAAUGGAGGAGGGGCUUAUCCUAAUGGAGGAGGGCCUUACCCUAAUGGAGGAGGGGCUUAUCCUAAUGGAGGAGGGGCUUAUCCUAAUGGAGGAGGCGCUUAUCCUAAUGGAGGAGGGGCUUAUCCUAAUGGAGGAGGGGCUUAUCCUAAUGGAGGAGGGGCUAAAGCAUCCAAACCAGGUUAUGGUGCUGGAAAAGGAGGUGGAUACAAUGUACCAGGACAUGGAGCAGGUUUUGGUUCCCCUUACGGUCAACAACAGCCAGGGUUCGGGCAAGGGGCGUACCCUGGGGCUGGUCACUAUGGUAACCCAUCGUUUGGAGGGGCACCGGCCAACGGUUAUGGCUACGGGGCCGGAGUACAACCAGAGUAUGCAGGACUCCCUGCUGUGAAUGGAAAAGCAGGUCAUGGCUAUGGGGCAGGAGUUCAACCAGAAUACGCAGGUCUUGGUCAAGGAGUGCCUGCUUUCAAUGGACAAUCAGGUCAUCUGGGGGGAGUUGGAAACAGAGGACAGAACACUAAGGGACAAUAUGGUGCAGCUGUCCCUGUAGGACUAGACGGAAGCAGUCAGUUUGAGGCCCAGCCAGUCGGAAUGGACGCAGCAGGGAAAAUGGGCGGAGCCGGGAAGAUGGGCGGAGCCGGGAAGAUGGGCGGGGCUUACGGGGGCGCGUAUGGCGGGAUGGGAGGACUGCCGUACGGGGGCCAGGGGAUGGGCCCCCAGAAAUCCCUCACUAAGUAUGGGAUUGGAGGACUCCCAUUCGCUGGUCAACCCGUGGCCCUGGGGCCAGGGGCCGGACAGUACGGUUAUGGUGCUGGACAAGGAGGGCACAAUUCACCAGGAUUAGGAGCAGGGUACGGAGGACCUUAUGGAGGACAGGCUCCUGGGGCUGAUGGGAAAUCUGCUGCCAAAUAUGUUCAAGGUUAUGGAGGAUGGCCGUCUGAAUAUCAGCCACAAGGAGCAUUUGCUGGACCACAGUACCAGCCAGAAGCAGCAGGGGAUGCUAAAACGAAGUCCUCAGGAGGAUAUAGUGCUGGAAAGGUUCCCUACACCAAAGAGCCCCUCGAUACUGCUGGCGAGCCAGAGUCCCAGCAGCUGGGUGCAGGUGACAUCAGAUCUGGACAAUACGAAAUGGCCGGCCUGACCUAUGACCCUGCAUCCCUGGAGCCAGAGACGGCGGUGAAAUCCUACGUGAAGGAAGUUGCUCCGAGCACCGUGCCAGAGGUGGAAGGAGAGGGGAAGUCACUCAAUAACUACGGUGACAAGAGCAGCAAAUACAACAAGCAGGGUUUCUUUGGAACAGCCGGUUACCAAGGUUGAUCUCGGAUGACCUCACCGUUCCACCAUUCGUUUACACUGUUGUAAAUUGUUUUUAAUUCCUAGUUUUUAGUGUUUUAUUUUUAUUUUUUUAUUAUCAUUUGUCAAAAUGUGUGAUUUAUGUACCCAUGUUUGGAGAUAAAAGUUUCUUGUUUGUUGUUAUUCUGAGCAUGUGUUGUCAUGUUGUAAGUAUGUUGUUAGUGUGUUGUGUGCAUGUUGUAAGUGUGUCCAUAAACUGUCAUUAGCAUGUUGAAAGUGUGCAUUGUGUCGUUUGAUUCUAGCUCACUAGCUAACACUCUAAUGGGCUGAUUGAGUCUCUUUUAGUUCUCAUGUUUUAUCUCAUUCACUCUAAUUUAUUCACCAUGAAAAUGUUUUUAUAGUUCAUGUCACGGUCUUUGAUUAAAUACAUCCAGUUUGUUUCCAUCUUG